CGCUAUCAUUUAUUGACGCGCGCGAGCGAGCGAGCACGCGGCCGCGCGCGCCGGUAUCUCGCGCGCUCUCUCGUACAUCUUGCUCCCGCUUAGCCCUCGCUCUCGCGUUGUUUUUUUUUUUUCUUUCUUUGUCGCACGAGAUUAACAUAUUUUCGUCGUUAUUGCGAUACGAUUGCUGGGUAACUCCGUCCGGCGCGCGUCGACGAGUCCGCCGCGCGAAAAGACAGUGACGGUUCCGAGGGUUCGUCGCGGUUCGUUGCGACUCGCGGUGAUAUAAUUGGGGGCAAAGUCGACGGACGGCAACUCGCGGCAGUAACGCAUCUUCCCGUGCAGACAUAACGUCGUAUUAUGCAGCAGAUAGUAUCGUAGCCGCCCGAUUAUAUAAUCAUCUUGCCAGGUGUCUUCAGAAACGGUUGAAAUGGUGUUAAACGAAGUGUUACAGUCUCAGUUCGAGGAUUACCUGCCGUACGUGGGUGGUGCGGCCGGCGCGCUCUUCGUCACCGGGAUGGCUUACUGGGCUUCCAGACCGAGGGCCGAGAAACCGCUCUUUCCACUCGACGCUCAGGCACUGCUGUUACCGGGCGACGAGCAUAUCCGGGUGUCCAGGUUCUACAAGGAGGGCAAGGAGGGCAAGUUCGUCACCUUCCUCUACGAGGACACGCGCACUCUGUACGAGGGCUUUCGUCGCGGCGCCAAGGAGUCCAAUAAUGGUCCCUGCCUCGGGUGGAGGGAUGGUCCCAACAAACCAUACCAAUGGCUUCAUUACAACGAGACGCUACUCAGGGCGAAGAAUUUCGGUUCCGGCCUAGUAUCCUUGGGGCUGGCCCCUGGUCAACAAACCUUAGUAGGCCUGUACAGUCAAAACUGUCCCGAGUGGAUUCUCACCGAACAGGCAUGCUACUCGUACUCGCUCGUGGUGGUGCCAUUGUACGAUACCCUAGGCCCGGAUGCCUGCGCGUACAUCAUAAAUCAGGCUGACAUUAAUCUGGUGGUGUGCGAGGAUGACCAAAAGUGCAAUUUGCUUCUCGACAAAGCGCCGAGAUGUUUACGGAAGCUGGUGGUGGUGAAGGAGACGCGGCCGGCGACGAAUCAGCGAGCGAAGAACCGCGGCGUCGAGGUAUACAAGUUCGACGAUAUCGAGCGACUAGGCGCGCAGAGGAACCAUCCGGAGCUGCCGCCGAAGCCGUCCGACCUUUGCACGAUAUGCUACACCUCCGGCACAACCGGCAACCCGAAGGGCGUAAUGUUGACGCACCAGAUGAUCAUGGCGUCCAACUGCGCGGUGAUGAUGCAGCUGGGCGACCACGGGAUCUCGUCCAAGGACACGUUGAUCAGCUUCCUCCCGUUGGCGCACAUGCUGGAGCGUUGCUGCGAGAACACCGUCUACAUGAUGGGCGGCUCGGUCGGCUUCUACAGCGGUGACAUCAAGAAGCUGCCCGAGGACAUGAAAGCCCUCCGGCCUACCGUUAUGCCGGCCGUGCCUAGGCUACUGAAUCGUAUAUACGAUAAGGUUCAAGCCGAACUGCAAAACUCGUUCCUGAAGAGGAUGGUCUACAACAUGGGCAUGCGGGCGAAGGAGGCGGAGAUCAAGAAGAGCAUCGUCAGGAUGAACAGCAUCUGGGACAAGAUCGUGUUCAAGAAGAUCCAGGAGUCGAUGGGCGGCAGGCUGAGGCUGAUGCUCGUGGGUUCCGCACCGCUAGCGGGGAACGUUCUCACGUUCAUCAGGUGCGCCCUUGGCUGCGUCGUGGUCGAGGGCUACGGCCAGACGGAGUGCACCGCGCCGAUAACGCUCACAAUUCAGGGCGAUCAUGUGCCGGAACAUGUGGGACCACCGGUGGCCUGCUGUUGCGUCAAGCUUGUCGAUGUUCCAGAGAUGGAGUACUACGCGGUGAACAAUCAAGGUGAAGUGUGUGUAAAGGGUACUAACGUUUUCAUGGGAUACUACAAAGAUCCGGAAAAAACUGCCGAGGUUAUCGACGAACAGGGAUGGCAUCACACAGGAGACAUCGGCAUGUGGCAGCCUAAUGGAACGUUAAAAAUAAUUGAUCGGAAGAAGCACAUUUUCAAGUUAUCACAAGGGGAAUACAUCGUGCCGGAAAAGAUCGAAAAUAUUUACAUACGCAGCCAGUAUGUACAGCAAGUAUUCGUCCAUGGAGAAUCCUUGAAAUCUUGUAUCAUAGCAAUAGUAGUACCAGACGUAGACGUAAUCAAGUGCUGGGCGGUAGAGAAUGGCAUACCUGGUACUUUGAGCGUUCUCUGCGCCAAUCCAGAAGUCAAAAAACUAAUUUUGGAUGAUAUGUUAGCGUGGGGAAAAGAAGCCGGUCUGAAAUCCUUUGAACAGGUGAAAGAUAUUUAUCUCCAUCCAGACCCGUUCUCUGUACAAAAUGGGCUUUUAACACCAACGCUAAAAUCGAAACGGCCUCAACUGAAAGCGUACUUCAAACCACAGAUAGAGGAUCUCUAUCUACAACUGGAUUGA